GGCCACAAUCCACCACCGAGCAUCCAACCUGAUCGAAUGUCAGGAUAUCCAUACGGGUCAGGCUCAUACGCCGGGGUCCCGCCUGGCUCAAGUCCAUAUGCGAGUCCUUAUGCGCAAGCUGUUGGCGGCCCUGGCCCUGGUCCUUCCGGCUCGACUUCCCAGCGGACUAGUCAUCGCCAGUCGACAGGAGUGCAUCAUGCUCCAAAUCAACUGCCUAGUUAUCAGCAAGCUCAAUUGUCAUCCAAGCUGUCAAUCCAUGACCCAAAAGCGUUCUCAGCGUCCUCCGUCCAGGUAGAGAUGUACUUGAAAGAGCGCCUCAGCCUUUGCGUAGGGGCAAACUCUGAUAGUCAGCUACCCCGGUUUGUUACGACUUGCUUGCAGCAGCGCAGUACUCGGAUUGUUCAUGUAAAUACCCAGCAACUCGUGUCUAUCGACGUUGGAGGGCAGUUUGGGCUGCGAUUCCGGAUUGCUGACUUGUAUACUGCGCUGGGUCAGACAUUUCCUCUCGUGAAUCAUGUAUUCGCUGACAUAGACACAGGGUUUAUUGUCUCCGAAACAGACCCUUACCCUUAUACGCUACAGGAGACUCUCAAGCAGCUAUGUGAGAUACAUCUGAGGAUCCUGGCAGUCUACGAGAAAUGGAUCACGACUUUGUCGCAGCGUUUCAACGGGAAUCAGGAAGUCCCGCCAAACACCGCCUGCCUGAUGUGGCGAACGAGGACCAGACCAGACGGCAGCUGGACGUAUGUUAUGGGCCUGUUCCCGAACUUGGCCACCAAUGAAAUGAUCUUUCGCUGCAAGGAACAAGCACGACAGAUUGUUCAGGAUAGCUUGCAGGCCGCAUUCGCCAACAUCAACGUCGAGCCGCCCUCCCCAAGAGAGCUAAAUGAACCUCAUUCCGGACUCAUCGGCGAAUGCGCCGAGAUCCUCGCCUUGUUAUACCUUCUUGAAUCUGACCCGGCUUUAAUCAAUGGCCUCGAAAUCUAUGGGCUUUCUGCAAACCUCUUCGUCGAUGCCGUUCGUAACAUGUUAUCGUACAAUCGGGACAAGUUCCGCUCAUUCCUCAAGGGUGCCUGUCGAAAUUGCAGGCAUGUUAUUGACCGGAUUGACGAUAACGGUCCUCUACCAGCGGACCCGCAAACAGCGGCUCUGCGAUAUUUCGACAUGGCUACGCGUUCUGCACAGGAGAAUUGGGAUCAGCGCCCGCCUCCUAUUCCUGAUCCUCAACAAAAACCGUCUGCUGCAAAGAAUUUCGGUAUUGCACACCCUUAUGUCAGACCAGAGGUUGGGACCGCCAUGCCCGGGAAUGUCCAGCCUACCAACGCUGUGCUAACAAGUGCGGUAUAG